GAGAGCUUAGCUAUUUACUGGCGGGGGAUUUCGCUUGGAAGGGAAGGCGGCCAAGACCAGAGCGCGCACAGCUCGCCGAGGAGAAGCAAACGAAACACAGCACCGCGCGCGCUCAGGAAACGGCCGUUGGCUCGAGCACACCCCGCGCACGUUUCUGUACAAACCAGACACGGCUACUUCAAGUGCUGAGCUGCUCGCCGCAGGGGGAGCUUUGAUUUCCCUGCGAGCCUCGUUCACGCUGCAGAAACGGCUCUUGGCAAACGACCCGAGCGGUCACUGACCUCCUCGCGAGGACUCGGCGUCGGCGCUUUUCGUUUUGCCAGCUCCGGGGGGGCCUAAACUAACCCGCCAGAGCAGCGCAGCGCAGCGCAGCGCCCAUGGGGCCGGCGGAGGUGGGCCCCGGCAGCCCCCGCCCGCCCGCCCGCCCGGCGCCGGCAGCAGCAGCAGGAGGAGCGGGCACAGCCCCGCGCCGUGCGGGGUCGCCGCCCUCCCUCUCCCCGGGGCCCCACGUGCUCGGCGCCGCCUGGAGCCCGGCCCGGCCCGGCCCGGCCCGGCCCACCCCCUCCCCCGGCGCCGGCCACGCGCGCAAGUGACAGCCGCAGCCUCGGGCUCCGGAGCGCCGCGUCCCGCCUGAGCCCCGGCGCGGCCGGCGGCGCUGAGCAGCACCCCUCCCCUCCCCGGCCCGGCCAUGAACUGCAGCGAGUGGCGGCGGCUGCGGGCGCUGCUGGAGAAGCUGCUGCGGGAGCUGCCGGGCGCGGGCAACGCCACGGGGCCGGGGCCGGGGCCCGGGGCCGGGGCGGGCGCGGACGCGUCUCUCUACAUCUUGCUGAUCAUGAUCUUCUACGGCAGCCUGGCGGGCGCGCUCAUCCUGGCCUACACGCGCUCCCGCAAGCUCGAGUCCAAGCACGACCCCUUCCACGUCUACAUCGAGCGCGACUGGGGCCCGCGCGCCCGCCCCGACGGCCCCGACGACGCGCCCGGCCCCGAGCCCGGCCCCGGCCCCGGCCCCGGCCCCGGCCGCCCGCUGCCCUGACGGAGCCGGGAGCUGCCCCGCUGCGAGGGCGGCUCACGUGCGGAGUCUUCGGGGACGGGGCGGUGACUGACCCCGCCUGCGGACUUGGGCAUUGAGGGGGGUUCACUGCUGUUUCAGAGGAAGGAGUGACAACGCAUCAUGCCAAAGGCCAGUCCCAGCAACUCGGCUGUCAAUAGCCACGGUCAUUUGGGCUGGACACUUCUCUAUGUGCCUGAGCCCCCCUCAGCCCGCGGAGGACGGUUGGUCUGAUAGUGAAAGCGCCCUAGGUCUGGGAGACAACACUGCCUUGCACAAGGUCUGCAGCCUUCAGCAACCAGCAGCGGUAGCAUGCUCCUGUGAAGUGUGCGCCGAAAUCCUUCACAGAGACCAGUACAGGACCAGGUAAAUAUUAGUUUUCUACGUAGAGACAGCGCUACACCUUCACCUCCGCUCUUGUAACAAACUGAAGUGUCCUUUCCCGGGAAUUGUCACGAUGACCAGAGCCAAGUUCUUGUUAAAUUGUAGGACCAGGUUAUGAAUAUACUACCAGAGCAGAGGUUUCCAAGCAGUGGUAUGCGUUAACAGAUUUAUUAUAGUUACAAUAUACGACAAAAAUUUGCUGGCAGUUUUUAAGGUUGAACUGAAGGAUUUGUUGGUGGUACUUAAAGCUGUAUUGUUUUCAAUUGGCGGUGUGCUUGGGAACUGCUGCCCUGGAGGGAAGCUUUAUGAUCAGAGCCACCAUGAUCUGACCGAGGUAAGGGCUCCAGGGUCGGCAUGUUUAAGACGCGUGUCCCUGGUACCGCUGCCAUUCACAAAGCCUGCGCUAAAGUUGCCAACUCUGCCCACCCCCCUCAGGCAGGGGCUUGGACUAGACGAGCCGUUCUCAACCUUUUUUGUAGCAGGACCCAGCACCGUAAACAGCGAUGGCCAGUCCCAACCCAGUGAAUAGUUUAAGUAGCUAGCCUCCUGCUAGCCUGCAAGAGGAAGCCCAUGCUUUCCCCAUCUUUUUCCAUGAUUGUUCACAACCCUUUUAUAUUAGUCAUUUUUGGGUUGUGAAAAAGGCUGAACUAGAUGACCUCUGAAGGUCCCUUCUGGCCUUGCCUCUGCCUCUAGGAUUUCUAUGAAGUUCAUGAGAGGCAGAUUCUGUAGCAGGGAGUGUGGUCAAAGCAUCCAGAAAAAAGACAACACCCCCCACCCCCACCCAAGACAGACCAGAUCCACGCUACAAGGUCCUCGUCCAAAGAUUUUUCCAGUAUCAUCAGAACACUGAACUGUCCCUUCCCGCCGCAUAUAUGCCAUAAGCAGCGUCACAUAACCGGAGAAGGGAGAGUUAUGACACUUUAUUGCCAUUGUACAGUCCUUGCCUCAGAGUUUAGGCACCCAUCUCAGCUCUGUUUGCGUGUCACCCAGUCCUGGGCUACUGGCUUUUAACUGUUACGCACAAAUAAAAGUUAGAUGCCCACUAGCAAUUUGUCUCUGGCAAACUACUAACCUAGUAGGCAUUCAGCUACCAUUGUGAUGGGUGCCACACAAUCCCUAGCUCGAUGGGAGAGGAGAGUACAAUCAGAAUGAAAAGACAGCUAUUUGCAAAAGCAGCUGUGCAGUGUAUAGUUGCACACACAAAAGCAACAAUGCUCAUAAUAGAAACUAUUUUUGCAACUAAACUAGGUGUGCUUUCUGGCCAUCCACCUAGUAAGCACCUCUGUAAGGAGAAAGCAUUUGCUACUUGCUGCUACCCUACAUGCAAAAAAAGGUCAUACUGGAUACAUACAGCCAUACUACCCCCAGCCCUGGGCUGCGUCUCCUCCUCAGCACACGCACACAAACCACGUCUGUUAUGCUACAUCUGGGCCUGAGGGGCAGGAUUUAACCCUGCAAAUAUAAUUCCUGAAAGAGAGAAGUACAAAAUGUCCUGCCAAGUAAUCUGCAAAUGUUUGUACUAUUGAAACAUCUGCUAAUUCAGCUAUUAAAAAGGUGUAAAUAGAACAGUAUAUAGUCAGGAAGAAAUCUGGAAUCCCUGAGAGCUAUUAAGAAAUCAUGUUUUAGAACUGUAUAUUUAUUCUUCGCAACUAAAGUUCAUUUAGAUCCCAAGUAAUACGAUUACACUAGCAUGGACAUGCACAUGUUGAUUUUACACAGACAUGCACUCACCUGUGUACACACGCACACAAUAUCUCAACAUAUAAGUUUAAAAAAAAAUUAAAAGCAGAGGUCUCAGUGGUGAUCUACAAAAGACUCCUUACUUAUGCAAAAGGGCUACCAAGGAUUUGAUACUGAGCAUUUGCAGACGCAUGUAGAAUCACACUCUGGAGAGAGCAGUAAAGAUAGCAGGUGCCUUUCCCAAGCACUGAAAACACCUUACCUCAAAACACUGCUUGCCUAUUAGUCUUCACACACACAACUACAUAAUAGCUCUAUGGCACCUUUCAAAGUGCAGUAGAAACUUUAGUUUCUGUUCAUGAACUUUGCAAAUAAGCAAGAACUGACAAUGCACUGAACAAAUGCAUCAAAUCUUCGGCUGCAUUCAUAUCCUGACAAUUUUCUAGUUACAUUACUACUAGCAAAACCAUGUAUGGUCUCCAGCUGCGGCUCCUAGUCCAAUCCUUUUGCUUCUCCGUGUCCCUGUGAAUUGAGGGUGACACUUCAUGGAACAUAUUGAGGCUUGUUCAGUGACACUGAAAAAAAAAUGGCUGGUUUUUACACAGUAAUGUUCUCACCGAGUUCUUUUAAACUGGAUAAAAAUAUUUCUAUUAAAAAAAAAGGUGUACACGACCAUUUUUGACAGGAAAACAGCUCUCAAAGUAAUUAUCAGUGUCCCAUUAGUACUUGGAAAGAUGCAUCAUUAUUAACAUUUUUAAAGCCUCAAAGGACUAUUAUUUAUCACUAUCUACUCUGCCCUCCAACAUAACUCCAGCUAUAAAUCUCAUGUUGAAAUUAAACAUGUUUAAAAGGCAGUCCUUCUGAUAUCUGUCAAGAUGGACACAUCAGCUUUCCUGGAAUACAGUAAGCUUUCCUACUAUGAAAGGAUACCGCUAAGUUUUUCUGGUAAAAAGCAGCUGUGCAACAGAUGAUCAUCAUCAGCCAAGAGACAUGUUUAGCAAUAAUUCAACUCUCUAAACAAGACUGGAUUCUAGAGCCAUCGUGGAAAUUUAAUUCUUGGAAAUUUUCAAGAGGACAGCAGACGCUUGGCUGGGAUGGUUUGCUGAGGGAUGAUCCUGACUACAUGACCUUGAGAGGUCCCUUUCAACCCUACUUUCUUACGAUCCUAAGAUCAGUUUGCCUUUAUGUUUAUGAACUACUUACCAUCUAACUGAUUAACCAGGACUGGUGAGACCACCCCAUAACACAUAACAAGCACUAUUCAUUCCCAAACCUUAUAAAACUUUUUGUAUUAUGAAUACUGAGCAGUUUAAAACUUUAUGGACAUACGGAACCCAGCUGUGACUAAAUAUUAAAUUGGCUGACAUACCAUUCUGCACUA